AUGGCGACGACGUCGUCGUCCCGUUCGCCGCUGCUCGCGUUUCUCGUCGUCGCUGUACUCGUUUCCGCAUCCGCGUCUAGCGCGUACGCGCAGUACUCGGGGAAGUUCGCCGUACGCGCUAUAGAGAACGCGCUGAGGAAGAAGCGGCUGACGACGGCCAUCACGUACUUAAGAAAAAGCGGUUUCAACAAUACUCUUGCGGAGAAGCUGCCCAAGAGCAAGUAUACGUUUCUGGUGCCAAUCAACAGCGGGUGGAACAAAAUGAGCGCCUGGGCGCGCGGGCAGAUCCGAAGCAACAACACGCGGCUCUGGCAAAUAUUCGCUUACCAUUUUGUCGCGGAGCGGUACACCAAAGUGCAGCUUGCUUGGUAUCCGCCUGGAACACAGUUGCCAACAGGGAUGAAAAAACAGUUCAUCCGCCGCCUGCCCACUAAGGACCCCCAGCUCAACGGUCCGGUGGUGCUCCUCGCGGUGUUGCUGCUCGGCGCCCUCGUCGCGACACGCGCUCAGUACUCUCCGGCGAACGCCCUGAAACAAAUCGAGGCUGCUCUUAAGAGGAAGAAAAUGACGACGACGAUUACGUACAUGAGGGAAUGCGGAUUCAACGACACUCUAGUAGAGAAGCUGCCUACAUCGCACGCGACGCUGCUCCUGCCGAUGAACACAGGGUGGAACAAGCUCAGCGCGUACACGCGCAACCUGAUUCGCAAGGACCCCGCGAAGAUGUGGCAGGUGUUCGCGUACCACAUGCUGGCGGGCCGUUACAUGUACAAGCAGCUCGUGAAAAUUCCCUACAACACACUGAUUGUGACUGGCCAUGGGGACUUCAAGGUCAGGCGGUUCCCAACAAAGCUCGCUCAAUUUGGAAAACCGGGCACGCAUGGUGGCGCAUAUGUCAAGGUGAACAAUGUGUAUCAAGACCCCCACGUGGCAAUCCAUGGGGUCAACAACGUUAUGAUUCCCACAUUCACUGAAUAG